AUAAGCUAGAGAGUCACUUGGGCUGCAAAGAUGUUGGAAGAAGAUAUGGAGGUGGCCAUCAAGGUGGUGGUAGUAGGCAAUGGAGCUGUUGGAAAGUCCAGCAUGAUUCAACGAUACUGCAAGGGGAUUUUUACAAAAGACUACAAGAAAACUAUUGGCGUGGAUUUCCUGGAAAGACAAAUCCAAGUUAAUGACGAAGAUGUCAGGCUAAUGUUAUGGGACACUGCGGGUCAAGAAGAAUUUGAUGCAAUAACGAAGGCCUACUAUAGAGGAGCCCAGGCUUGUGUUCUUGUGUUUUCUACAACUGACAGAGACUCCUUCAAAGCAAUACCUACUUGGAAGGAGAAAGUCAUGACUGAAGUUGGAGACAUUCCCACAGUUCUUGUGCAGAAUAAGAUUGAUCUUCUUGAUGACUCUUGCAUAAAGAACGAAGAGGCAGAAGCACUGGCAAAAAAGCUAAAAUUAAGGUUCUACCGAGCAUCUGUAAAGGAAGACCUAAACGUAACUGAAGUUUUUAAGUAUUUGGCUGAUAAAUAUCUUCAAAGGCUCAAGCAACAAACAGCUGAAGAUCCAGAACUAGUACACACAAGCAGUAACAAGAUUGGUGUGUUUAAUACAGCUGGUGGAAGUCACUCCAACCAAAAUUCUAGCACUCUUAAUGGUGGAGACGUCAUCAACCUUAGACCAAACAAACAGAGGACGAAGAAAAACAGAAGUCCUUUCAGCAUCUGCAGCAUACUGUAG